GCGGUCGCAGUGCGUAGUACUCACUCACGGCACCGCUCAGAGAAGUGGGUUCCAGCCAUGGCUGCGGCGAGUCCCUGGGACUCGGCGUCCGCACCGAACCCUGCCGGGGUACUGCUGGACCGUUUGGUGGCUUCGGGCGUCGUUACUCAGGAGACCUUAAAUAUAUCUAAAAACUCAGCUCCUUGCUUUAUGAACUUCGCCAGACAACAGCAGAUCACAAAUAUUCAAGCUGAAAUCUACGAGAAAAACCUGGAAACUGAACGCCUAAGACUAGAAAAAGAUACCGCAGAUGUUGUUCAUCCUUUUUUUUUGGCUCAGAAGUAUCAGACUCUGCAAAGCAUGAAUAGUCAUUUGGAAGCAGUGCUAAAAGAGAAGAGGUCCCUCAGGCAAAGACUGUUGAAACCCCUGUGCCUGGAAAACUUGCCUAUUGAAGCUGUUUAUCACAGAUGCAUGGUACAUUUGCUGGAGUUGGCAGUGACUUUCAUUGAGAGAUUAGAAAACCAUCUUGAAAUAAUUAGAAAUUUCCCUCAUGUAGAGGCAAAUCUAAAGAAAAUGAGCAAGGCUUUAGCAAAGAUGGAUGUUUUGGUGUCUGAGACAGAAGAACUGGCAGAGAGUAUACUCAAGUGGCGAGAACAACAAAAGGAAGUUUCCUCUUGUAUCCCUAAAAUAUUAGCUGAAGAAAAUUAUCUUCACAAACAUGAUGGUAUAAUGCCUCCUUUACCUUUUACUUCUAAAGUCCAUGACCAAACUAGUAAUUCCCAGUGAUUAUCAACUUGCAUUUUUACUCACUUAUAUGUACUCAUGUGAAGUCCAUUUCUAGUCAGUCAUAACAUGGGUACUUCCAGGCUUGACUGCUAGCAAUACUGAAAGAGCCCUCUUCUAUAUUGUACUAAGAUUCCAUCUUCAUUAACAGCAAAUUGUUUUUCAUAUAUUUUCAUUCUACUUUUUAGUAAAACUCAUGAAGAUCAAAUUUAACUAUGACAAUUUAUUAGCAUUAACUAUAUCUCAGGCAUCAGAAUCUUUUUUAAAAUAUUCUUUUUAAAAUAUUCUUGUGUCUGAAUUAUAAGAGUCUCCUUGAAUCUGAAAGAAUGUUGUUUAUUCCCAUAGAUAGUCACUAAGUGCAGAUAAGGUAACAUAGCAGGCCUGACUGCUAUCCUUUAAAAGGCCUUCUUGCAAGGUUGGUCCUUGGCUGGUGUCUGGGAACUCAGAUUUCAGAAGGGUCCCCUCCAUUCUCAUUGAUAAGAGUUAUUCACUGUGACUAAGGUGUUUUUGUACAAUAUGGUUUGUGCUGAACACCUGUACUCCUUCCAGAGUCUAGAAUUUUGAUAUAUGCUAGGCAGAAGGUACCUAUAUAACUAGCCCCCAGUAAUAGCCCUGGGCACUGCAUCCCUAAUGAGCUUUUGUGGUAGACAACAUUUCACACGUGUCACAACUCAGUGGCUGGGGGAAUUAAGCACAUCCUGUGUGACACCACUGGCAGAGGACUCUGGAAGCUCGUGCUUGGUUUCCCUGAGACUUUGCCUCAUGCACCUUUUCCUGAUGCUCCUAUGCUUCAUACGCUUUUGCUGUAGUAAAUCAUAGCCAUGAGUACAGUGAUAUGCAGAAUCUGUGAAUCCUCCAAAGAUAUUCUCAAACCUGGAGUGGGAAGGUAGUGUGACAGUCUUGGGGACCCUGACACACUAAGCAAUUCCUGAGGUGUUCACUGGCCACCUUAGGAAUAGGCAAAGAAGAAAGAGCAAAGAAAAGAAGAGGACACAUUAUAGUGACCCUUUUAGAGGUUUAUAAAAUGCUCAAAUAAUUUUAACUGACUUAUUGUGCAUAAAAAAGGGGAGUGGUGUACUAACACUAAUAGUAAGCCUCAGGAUGUAUUCAUUUGUAUCAGUACCAUAACCUCUGCAGGCUUAUUUUCAGACUUAGGGUUCUCUUUUUCUUUAAAAUGUGUGCAUCAGUAUUUUUAUACUGUAGCAUUCUCUGUAUCAAAGGGGUUCACCGAUCCUUGUACUUAUCACACUCCUUAACACAAGAAAACCUAAAUACAGUGGGUGAGUAAAGUAGUUGUUUGUGACGAAGCAGCAUCAUUUCCAAAAAAUACCCUGCUGAAGCAACCAGCAAUCAUGUUUUGAAGCCUACUUUGCUAACUUUUGCAAAUGAGGCCUAGAAGAGAGGUCAUAAUAUCUCAAACAUUCCAUAACAUUGCCUAGGUAUUACAGCAAAACAUUUUAAUUGUAUUUCAUCAGAAAUCUGUUCAAGGGGCCAGCCUUGGUUUCAAACACAUUGUUAUUCUUUUUCUUCAUGUUAUUUCCUUUAUUAGUUUACAUAUAUAGUGUCACAAAUAUUGAUAUACCUGGUUUUGUUUUUCAUUUUUUUCUAUUGUCUUUUUCAAAAUACAAAAAAUAAACCUGUUAGUUUUUAACUAAAA